AUGCAAGAUUUGGCUGUCCUUCAUAAGGCUAGUCGACCAGCAUUAUCCCUACAGGAAACCAGAAAGACAAAAUCUUCAUCACCAAAAAAACAGAAUGACAUUCGAGUCAAAUUUGAACAUAGAGGAGAAAAAAGAAUCCUUCAGUUUCCCAGGCCCCUUAAACUGGAAGAUCUGAGAUCUAAAGCUAAAAUUGCCUUUGGACAGUUUAUGGAUCUACAUUAUACCAACAACGAAUUGGUAAUUCCAUUAACUACUCAAGAUGACUUGGACAAAGCUGUGGAACUGCUAGAUCGUAGUAUUCAUAUGAAGAGCCUUAAAAUAUUACUUGUAGUAAAUGGAAGUACGCAGGCUACUAAUUUAGAACCAUUGCCAUCACUAGAAGAUUUGGAUAACAUAGUAUUUGGAGCAGAAAGGAAAAAACGGCUUUCUGUGAUAGGUCCUACUAGUAGAGAUAGGAGUUCCCCUCCCCCAGGAUACAUUCCAGACGAAUUACAUCAGGUUGCCAGGAAUGGGUCAUUCACUAGUAUCAACAGUGAAGGAGAGUUCAUUCCAGAGAGUAUGGACCAAAUGCUGGAUCCAUUAUCUUUAAGCAGCCCUGAUAAUUCUGGCUCAGGAAGCUGUCCGUCACUUGAUAGUCCUUUGGAUGGAUUUCCGCCUUACACAGCACCUCGUGCUCCAACCAACUGGAGACUGGGCAAACUUCUGGGCCAAGGAGCCUUUGGCAGGGUCUACCUCUGUUAUGACGUUGAUACAGGAAGAGAAUUGGCUGUUAAACAAGUUCAAUUUGACCCCGAAAGCCCUGAGACCAGCAAGGAAGUGAAUGCACUUGAGUGUGAAAUUCAGUUGUUGAAAAACUUGCUGCAUGAGCGAAUUGUUCAAUAUUAUGGUUGUUUGAGGGAUCCCCAGGAAAAAACACUUUCCAUAUUUAUGGAAUAUAUGCCAGGGGGUUCAGUUAAGGACCAAUUAAAAGCAUAUGGAGCUCUUACUGAGAAUGUGACCAGGAAAUACACCCGCCAGAUUCUAGAGGGUGUCCAUUAUUUGCACAGUAAUAUGAUUGUUCAUAGAGAUAUCAAAGGAGCAAAUAUUCUGCGAGACUCAACAGGCAAUGUCAAAUUAGGAGAUUUCGGAGCCAGCAAACGGCUUCAGACCAUCUGUCUCUCAGGGACAGGAAUGAAGUCUGUCACAGGCACACCAUACUGGAUGAGCCCUGAAGUAAUCAGUGGUGAAGGCUACGGCAGAAAAGCAGAUAUCUGGAGUGUAGGAUGCACUGUGGUAGAAAUGCUAACUGAGAAGCCUCCUUGGGCUGAAUUUGAAGCAAUGGCUGCCAUCUUUAAAAUCGCUACCCAACCAACAAACCCAAAACUGCCACCGCACAUCUCAGACUAUACCCGAGAUUUUCUCAAACAGAUUUUUGUGGAGGCCAAACUGAGACCCUCAGCUGAUGAACUCUUGAGACACAUGUUUGUGCAUUAUCACUAGCAGACAGUAACCAUUUCUGUGCCUCUACCCAGCUACCAUUGAUUCAUUCACCUUCUCUCUGACUGCACUUUUCUUUUUUUUAUAAAAAAAGAGAGAUGGGGAAGAACAAAAGACAAGAGGAAACAUGUUUCUAUUGAUUCUUGGUUAAAUUUGUUUAUUAAUCAUAGUAGCCUAAAUUUUUUAUAG